AUGACGGAUGUGGCAGCCAAGUUGUUUCUAGCUUAUAAAACUGAGCCUGAUAACUUGAGGAUAAUUCUUGGUUUCGGCAGAGACCCGUUGGAACCAGAAUUGAAAAACAGCCAUUUUAGUGGUCAAAGCCACCCGAGCGAAGACAACUUCCUCAACUUUGUGGAGAAGAGCUUGAAGGGAGGAUGGUCGACCAGAAAAGUCGGGUUUUAUCACACAGGCAGGGCAGUGCUCAUCGCCAACAGCAAUCGAGAAACCGAGUAUUUAACGGUCAUCAACCGGCUGUUCGAGCCAAAGGAUUCCAGACGGGCAGCAGCUGCUGUCAGUCAUAUAGAAACAAACCCAUGGGCCUUACAUAUCGCUUUGAUAUCUUGCUACGCCGGCAACUGGGGAGAAUACUUUGAUGGGCUCGAGUCAGACUUUCAACGCAUCACCGACAAAGUGAUGGGAACCGAGGCACUCUUAGCGGAUGGCGAAACUAUCGCAAGAAUCCAAAGAUCGAGGAUUUGCUAUGACAAGUCGACUUUUGGCGGAGCGGAAUGUGCAGUCAACGCGACGAUAGCUAGGGGUUGA